GUGGGCGGAGACACCAGGGCCCAGCCUUCUGCAUCCUGCCUUCCGUAUUGGCUGAAGGGCCGGCGGCUCUGGCCGUCCCCGCGGUUGAGAGCAUGGCUUCUCCAGGGGCCGGUAGAGCGCCGCCGGAGUUACCGGAGCGGAACUGCGGGUACCGCGAAGUCCAGUACUGGGAUCAGCGCUACCAAGGCGCAGCCGAUUCUGCCCCCUACGAUUGGUUCGGGGACUUCUCCUCCUUCCGUGCCCUCCUAGAGCCGGAGCUGCGGCCCGAGGACCGUAUCCUUGUGUUAGGUUGUGGGAACAGUGCCCUGAGCUAUGAGCUGUUCCUUGGAGGCUUCCCUGAUGUGACCAGUGUGGACUACUCGUCAGUCGUGGUGGCUGCCAUGCAGGCUCGCUAUAACCAUGUGCCGCAGCUGCGCUGGGAGACCAUGGAUGUGCGGAAGCUGGACUUCCCCAGUGCUUCUUUUGAUGUGGUGCUCGAGAAGGGCACGCUGGAUGCCCUGCUAUCUGGGGAACAAGAUCCCUGGACCGUGUCCUCUGAAGGUGUCCAUACUGUGGACCAGGUGUUGAGUGAGGUGGGAUUCCAGAAGGGGACAAGACAGCUGUUAGGCUCACGCACGCAGCUGGAGCUGGUCUUGGCAGGUGUCUCUCUACUGCUGGCUGCACUGCUUCUGGGCUGCCUUGUGGCCCUGGGGGUCCAGUACCACAGAGACCCAUCCCACAGCACCUGCCUUACAGAGGCCUGCAUUCGAGUGGCUGGAAAAAUCCUGGAGUCCCUGGACCGAGGGGUGAGCCCCUGUGAGGACUUUUACCAGUUCUCCUGUGGGGGCUGGAUUCGAAGGAACCCCCUGCCCGAUGGGCGUUCUCGCUGGAACACCUUCAACAGCCUCUGGGACCAAAACCAGGCCAUACUGAAGCACCUGCUUGAAAACACCACCUUCAACUCUAGCAGUGAAGCUGAGCGGAAGACACAGCGCUUCUACCUAUCUUGCCUACAGGUGGAGCGCAUUGAGGAGCUGGGAGCCCAGCCACUGAGAGACCUCAUUGACAAGAUUGGUGGUUGGAACAUUACAGGGCCCUGGGACCAGGAUAACUUUAUGGAGGUGUUGAAGGCAGUAUCAGGGACCUACAGGGCCACCCCAUUCUUCACCGUCUACAUCAGUGCCGACUCUAAGAGUUCCAACAGCAAUGUUAUCCAGGUGGACCAGUCUGGGCUCUUUCUGCCCUCUCGGGAUUACUACUUAAACAGAACUGCCAAUGAGAAAGUGCUCACUGCCUAUCUGGACUACAUGGAGGAGCUGGGGAUGCUGCUGGGUGGGCGGCCCACCUCCACGAGGGAGCAGAUGCAGCAGGUGCUGGAGUUGGAGGUACAACUGGCCAACAUCACAGUGCCCCAGGACCAGCGGCGCGAUGAGGAGAAAAUCUAUCACAAGAUGAGCAUUUCGGAGCUGCAGGCUCUGGCGCCCUCCAUGGACUGGCUUGAGUUCCUGUCUUUCUUGCUGUCACCAUUGGAGUUGAGUGACUCUGAGCCUGUGGUGGUGUAUGGGAUGGAUUAUUUGCAGCAGGUGUCAGAGCUCAUCAACCGCACAGAACCAAGCAUCCUGAACAAUUACCUGAUCUGGAACCUAGUGCAAAAGACAACCUCAAGCCUGGACCGACGCUUUGAGUCUGCACAAGAGAAGCUGCUGGAGACCCUCUAUGGCACUAAGAAGGUGGGCUCUCUGACUUUGCCUCCACGUUCUGAUCCAGCAGAGGGGAUGAUCAGCGAAAUCCGGACUGCAUUUGAGGAGGCCCUGGGACAACUGGUUUGGAUGGAUGAGAAGACCCGCCAGGCAGCCAAGGAGAAAGCAGACGCCAUCUAUGAUAUGAUUGGUUUCCCAGACUUUAUCCUGGAGCCCAAAGAGCUGGAUGAUGUUUAUGAUGGGUAUGAAGUUUCUGAAGAUUCUUUCUUCCAAAACAUGUUGAAUUUGUACAACUUCUCUGCCAAGGUGAUGGCUGACCAGCUCCGCAAGCCUCCCAGCCGAGAGCAGUGGAGCAUGACCCCCCAGACAGUGAAUGCCUACUACCUUCCAACUAAGAAUGAGAUCGUCUUCCCCGCUGGCAUCCUGCAGGCCCCCUUCUAUGCCCGCAACCACCCCAAGGCCCUGAACUUUGGUGGUAUCGGUGUGGUCAUGGGCCACGAGUUGACACAUGCCUUUGAUGACCAAGGGCGCGAGUAUGACAAAGAAGGGAACCUGCGGCCUUGGUGGCAGAAUGAGUCACUGGCAGCCUUCCGGAACCACACGGCCUGCAUGGAGGAACAGUACAAUCAAUACCAGGUCAAUGGGGAGAGGCUCAACGGCCGCCAGACGCUGGGGGAGAACAUUGCCGACAACGGGGGUUUGAAGGCUGCCUACAAUGCUUACAAAGCGUGGCUGAGAAAGCAUGGGGAGGAGCAGCAGCUGCCAGCCGUGGGGCUCACUAACCACCAGCUCUUCUUCGUGGGAUUUGCCCAGGUAUGGUGCUCGGUCCGCACACCAGAGAGCUCUCACGAGGGGCUAGUGACCGACCCCCACAGCCCUGCCCGCUUCCGCGUGCUGGGCACUCUCUCCAACUCCCGUGACUUCCUGCGGCACUUCGGCUGCCCUGUCGGCUCCCCCAUGAACCCGGGGCAGCUGUGUGAGGUGUGGUAGACCUGGAUCAGGGAAGAAAUGGCCGGCUGUCACCAGACCUGGGGCAGCUCUCCCGACAAAGCUGUUUGCUCUUGGGUUGGGAGGAAGCAGAUGCAAGCUGGGCUGGGUCUAGUCCCUCCCCACCACAGGUGACACAAGUACAGUCCCUCCUCAAUCACCACAUUGUGCCUCUGCUUUGGGGGUGCCCCUGCCUCCAGCAGAGCCCCCACCAUUCACUGUGACAUCUUUCCAUGUCACCCUGCCUGGAAGAAGUCUGGGCAGGGAGGCCAGUUCCCACGGGAAGGAGUCUGCCUCUUCUGGCCCCAAGCUUACUCAGCCUGGCGGCCAUGGGGCCUGCCGUGCCUGCCCCACUCUGACCUGCAGGCCUGGAUGGUGUACCUUCUGGACUUCUCCCCAGGCUCACUUAGUGCGUACUUAAGGGUGGACUCAGCUCUGUCUGGCUCACCCUCAGGGGCUACCCGUACCUCACCCUGUGCUCCUUGUGUCACUGCUCCCAAUGCUGCUGCUGACCCUCACUGACAGCUCCUAGUGGAAGCCCAAGGGCCUCUGAAAGCCUCCUGCUGCCCACCGUUUCCCUGGGCUGAGAGGGGAAGUGCAUAUGUGUAGCGGGUACUGGUUCCUGUGUCUUAGGGCACAAGCCUUAGCAAGUGAUUGAUUCUGCCUAGACCAAGCAGGAAAGCAGAUAGAGCAGGGAAAAGGAAGAACAAAGUUUAUUUUUACAGAAAAGAGGGUGGGAGGGUGUGGUCUUGGCCCUUAUAGGACCCUGUGCCAAUAAAUAGACAUGCAUCCGUCA